AUGAGUAGGGCAAGCAGAAGACACAGAGCCCUUCUAGCUGUGAGCCUCAACUUGGUGGCACUUUUGUUCUCAACAACAGCUUUUAUCACGACCUACUGGUGUGAGGGGACUCAGAGGGUCCCUAAACCCACCUGUAGUAAAGGCAGGAGGACCAACUGCAUCAGCUAUACUGGCAUUGAGUCCAACAAUGUGACCAACCCCAACGUGGUCCAUUACAGCUGGGAGACUGGAGAUGACAGAUUCCUUUUCAGAUACUUCCACACUGGCUUUUGGUACUCAUGUGAGGAGAACAUAAACGGACCAGGUGAAAAAUGUCGAAGCUUUAUUGAUUUGGCACCUGCUUCAGAAAAAGGGGUCCUGUGGCUGUCAGUAGUAUCCGAAGUCUUAUUCAUAUUGUUGUUGGUUGUUGGUUUCACCCUCAUGUGCCUAGAACUGUUUCACUCCAGUAACAUUGUGGACGGUCUGAAGCUGAAUGCGUUUGCUGCGGUUUUCACUGUUCUGUCAGGUCUGCUGGGAAUGGUUGCACAUAUGAUGUACACUCAGGUCCUGCAAGUGACGGUGAGUUUGGGUCCUGAAGACUGGAGACCCCAUUCGUGGGAUUAUGGUUGGUCUUUUUGCCUGGCCUGGUGCUCCUUUACCUGCUGUAUGGCCGCUUCUGUUACUACUUUGAACUCUUACACUAAAACAGUCAUCGAGUUUGGGCACAAGCACAAGAUUUUUGAGCAGGUUUUGCAAGAGGAACAAACAUUCAUUGAACACAAUAAACUUAAGCUCCAGAAGGAUCUGCUGCUCCAGUCAGUGUCCAGCUCAGUGGAGCUUUCAGACGCUCCGGUGAGCAAUAUCCGGAAAUCUGUAAUAUGUCCAAAUUCAGUGAACCUUGCAGAGAUUUCCAGAGACAGUGGCGGAGGAGCACGUGCUAAGGACAAGGUUCUAACUGAGAAAUCUGGGGACAGCCGUUGCCAAUUUUAUUAG